UUAAUUUUAGAGUGAAAGCGAAGGUGGUAGAUGAGUGAGUGUGAGGGUGAAGAUGCCAGCAAGGAAAUAUUACUGCGACUACUGUGACAAGCAAUUCCAAGACACACCAGCUGAUCGGAAACGACACGUUAAUGGUAUUCAACACCUCCAAGCCAAAGCUCGCUGGUACGAUUCCUUCAAUCAACACCACCAACAAAUCCCUAAUCCUCCCCUUUGCUUUCACUUCCUCAACACGGGUUUUUGCCGUUACGGCCACUCUUGCAAGUACCUUCAUCCCACUCCCAGCAAUACUACACAGCACGCUCCAAUCCCCUCACCAGGGAAUGUGGUAGGAGUGUCAUUGGGAAAUUUGCCCCCGUCGUUGCAGCCUCCGCCGGAGGCUGGAUAUCCCCAUCUCCCCUUUGUGGAUUGGGGAUAGAUUUGUAGCUAUUGAGUCUCUGUGUGUAGCGAAGAACUCUGUUCAAUCUUUUUUUUUUUUUUAAUUAUUAUUAUAUCAUUAUUUAACUUUUUAUCUCCCAUCACAUAACGCCACACCUUAUUUGGAGUUUUCAUGUAUCAAACGCUAUCCAAAUCUAUCUUAAUGUUCAAUCAAUACUAAUAUAAUAUAAUUU